AUGACAACGCUUCUGACAACACUAGUCCGUCCGCUCAACCCUGGAACCUGGAAAGACGAAGGCCUUCAGGAAGGUUUCAAGGUUGGGUCACAAUGGACUUUCUUCUCUCCCUCCUCCUCCUCCUCCUCCUCCUCAGAAGAAGAAGAAGAAGAAGAAGAAGAAGAAGAAGAAGAAGAAGAAGAAGAAUUACAAAAUGAUCUUCCGGGUACAAACACAAACAAAAGAGAUCCUCUGACCUGGGGUCAGAUUGAUGACCCUCAGGAGGAGGAGAAGGAGGAGGAGGAGGGGGAGGAGGAAGUGACCCAAUCUCAAGUAAUAAUGAGGCUCCAUUUAGGAGAUCAGGGACAGGAGGAGAAAUGGACGAGAACCGAGAAGAGCCAUAGCUCGGUAUAUGGAGGUUCGGGCUGGAGCAUGACUAGCAGCAAAAGUCAUGGAGAUACUAACAGCAACACCACUAUCACGACCAACCCAACAGAAACCCAAACAGCAACCACCUUGCAAAAGGCGCCUGGAAAAACGGACCAAGAUGACGAGAUCUGA